AAAUUUUUUAUCCUUUAAUGAAUUCAGGUCAGGCCGAGCCGGGUCUAGGCUAAAUAUAUAUUACUUGAGGCCCGACUCAUUUUUUAAACUGGCCUUAUUUAUUUGUCUAGGCCUAUUUUUUAGGCCUAUAUUUUUAUUUAAAUAUUCUCACAUUUUGGGUGAAUCUUCGGACCGGGCCGAAAAACCCAGCCCAUGCACAGCUGUAAUUCCAACUACUUUUGAAAAUUUGGGAUGGGAAAUGAUUCAAAACCUCGACAUAGCAUCGCGCGGAUAUAGCGCGAAACUUUAGGGUUUAUAAGAGUUGUGGGCUAGACAAUAAUAAACAGGGCACAACAGUUCUCUACUCUACAGCCAUUGUAGUUCGAUGGGAAAAAACGUGAAGAAAAAUAAAGAUGAAGAUAAAGAUACAGAUAAAGGCUAUCGUGAAAGAUUAGCAAUAUGUAAUAAAGCAGUGGGAGAAGUGAUAUCUAAGCUAUUGGAUGGUGAUAACAGUUAUCUAACUACGGGGUGUGUGCUUGAAAGGAUGAUGGCAGUAAUGAAAGCAAAGUAUCGACUUCAAGAUCCACGAUUCAUACUGCAGUUUUUGAGAAAACUGAUGGAACCUAUUAUUGCGGAAAAUGCCAGUGUUGGCGUCCAAGAUGCAUUUCAAGUCCUUGAGUCAUUUUUGAUGCAAUAUGCAAAUCCAGUUCAAAAGAAGCGAAGUGCCAAGCAACUUCCUGACUCAAUCUCACUCACAGCAUCACAAAAGGAAAUGGUGGUGCUGCUGGAGGCUACUGUGGACCGAAUGCUGCAAUUAAACACUGAGGAUAAGUUGUUUAGCAUAGUAGAAAAUAUGGUAAACCAAGCUUUGGGUCCGUAUUUAGGAAGGCCACAGAACCUAAAGCUCACAAAUCCUGUUAGUAUUCAUGGUGAUCCUGAGUCUAGCAGAGGAGCUGAGAUUUGCAACAACAUCCAGGGUUAUCUUGAUGUUGAUCCUGUUGCUCUGUAUAUGAAAGACCAUGGUGGUGGUUUCGAAUUCUGUAAUCCGUCAGGCGACAAGAUAUACGAUGAUUCGGGUGAAGGCACCAGUGGUGCUAGAGCAAACCCACACAAUAUGGAACUGUCACAAGAGAACACCUUUAGUGUUGAUCCUGUUCUUCCGUCACUGCCGUGUUCUUCUGAUAUGGAAAACUUUGGUGGUUUUGGACUCUGCGAUCUGUCAGACAAAGAGAUAUAUGGUGAUUGGGGUGAAGGCACCAGUGAUGCCAGAGCAAAUCAACUGAAUAUGAACCUGUCACAAGAGAACACCUUUACUGUUCAAGGGUGUGCAGAUAUUCGGAACACAUUACCUGCCGUAGCUGAAGUUCACCAUAACCCAGUAAUGCAUGGCCUCACAAAGAAGUCAGCCGAGGCAAAGGGCAAGAGAUCGGUCGAAGAGAUAAAGGACGAAGCUUAUAUCAAAAAAGGCAAAAUGAAGCUGGUGAAUGACAAGUGAUUCGAAAGAAAAUCAACUGAUGUUGCUGAAGAAACCAAGGUUUAUAUAAUUGCUUCUUUUCUUUGCAAAAGAUUUCGACUUUUAAAUAAAGUCCCAAUGGGUUUAUUGGGAUGUUGAUGAACUGAACAUAUCAAGGUGUGUUUUUGUGUGACGGUUUGUGUGUGAAUUUUCUGUUUAUUAUCAGGAGUCUUUAGUAUUAUGAACUCCACGCUCCUCGCUUGGAUUUUUUUCUUCUUGGAACUGGAUUAUUUUCAUUAAGAUUUCAAUAUGUAUGUUAUGGUUAUGUUAGAAUAUAUUCUUAUAUUUAUAAA